AUGUCAGAGGGAGUCUAUGAAAACUCAGACAGAAUUGAAGACGACGAGCCUGAUGCAAUGAAUAACACAGACAUUGAUGGCCAAUUAUAUGGCAACGUAAGAGCCUUCAAGCCCAGUCCAAGAGUUGUUGCUUCAGUACAUGUUCAGUGGUGGAAGAGACCCUCUGGAGUUGCUGCAGUGUGUCUGGGGCUGCUGUGUGUUCUCCUACUGGCUGGGAUCAUAGGCCUGUCUGUCUACUGUGGAGUCAUUGGUCAUCGCGACUCAAAAGAGAGAAACCAGCUACAGGCCAGUUAUAACAACCUGACUGAAGAGAGAGACCAGCUACAGACAAGUUACAACACCCUGACUGAAGAGAGAGACCAGCUACAGACCAGUUACAACACCCUGACUGAAGAGAGAGACCAGCUACAGACUGAGAGAGAGAUUCUUAACAGGAGGCUUACCAAUCUCAAACAAACCUGUCCUGAAGGCUGGCAGAAGUUUGAAUCCAGUUGGUACUUCCUGUCUACCAAGACUAAAACCUGGAACGAGAGCAGAGAGGACUGUAUGGAAAGAGGAGCAGACCUGGUGAUCAUAAACAGUGAUGCGGAACAGACAUUUCUGUACAACCUCAAGAAGAGAGUCUGGAUUGGUCUGACUGACUCUGUUCAGGAGGGGACCUGGAAAUGGGUGGACGGCAGACCACUGUCCACAGGGUACUGGUAUGUCAAACAGCCUGAUAAUUUUGGUCCUACUGGGGAGGACUGUGCUGAGAUACACAAAGAUCAGAGUCCUCUAAAGGCAUGGAAUGACAUGUCAUGUGACAGCAAACUCAACUGGAUUUGUGAAAAAGUGGUUUAACAUCAACAUGACAACAUACUGUAACAUGUACAGUAGCCUACAGUGCAAAUAACUUCCUCCUUCUCUCUCUCUCUCUCUCUCUCUCUCUCUCUCUCUCUCUCUCUCUCUCUCUCUCUCUCUCUCUCUCUCGCUCUGUCUCAAACCUACGAACACACUUAUUAUUUGUUUGUAGUAGCAUAUUAAUAA